AUGGACCGACUUGGGAAAGCAAAAAAAUCCCACAUCGCUCUCAACUUCGACGCGGUCAACGCUUUCAAUUGCGUGAAGCAGGAUAGCAUCAUCUUCCCCACCGCCUCCGAGAGUGACGCGAAGCUUUUUGAUGAUCGAAUUGGGGGGUGUGUUACGGAGUAUGACGCACUGGAUGGCAGGGUCAACUUUCACCAUGGCGAGGGAGUUACACAAGGGAGCUCGCUCGGCACCGGACUUUUUGAGAAGGCAUAUGGCGCAUCGAUCGACGACUGGCGAGCUGACACAACAGAUCCACAGCUGCAGGUUCCAUCGGUAGUUCGUGACAAUAUCGUAGAUUGCUCGAUCUUUAGAUUCGUGGACGACGUCAGACGCCUACUAUGUGUUCAAGGAUUCACACAGAUGAGGGACUCUAGCUCACGAUGCAUUGAUUCUCUGUCGCGACACCUCCUGGAGAUAGGUUGCGCGCAGAACGAGAAGAAGCUAGAGGCCACUGCAUUCUUCAUGGGUGAACUAUCGGGCCAUCUACAGCGACGUGCGUAUGCUGAUCCAUGGAUGCCUGGACGUGUGAUGAGAGAGGCUCGAUACCUUGGCCCCAUGCUGCGCUAUCGCGGAUACACGGGGGUAGAACUGAAUCGACGGAUUCAAGCAUGCAAAAAGAACUGGUAUAUGUUUCACAAGUUUUGGUUCAGCAGAGUAUGCCGCGACUUCAAGAUUAUCUUGUUUCGCAUGAUGUGCAUGGCCUGUCUUAUGUCUGGUGUCUUGGGGCUGCCUUUCACCAAAGAGGACGAGGCCAAGCUCGACAGGACACAGACAUGGUUUUGUCGUAAAUUGCCGCAGGGCGCGGCGACGAAUACCACCCUCCUUCCCGACGGCACCGAGAAGAAGAGGGGCCUCGCCUCUGCGCGAGUUUUACUGCUGCUCCGACUUGCACCCAUGCCCUUCGAGCAGGACCCAGUGGAGCUUAACUUUUUCGUGAAAAGGAUGAUUGAAGAUUUGAACUCGCUCGCGGAACUUGAGGAGGGUGCGGAUUUCGUGGAUAGGUAUCAGGGCGCCCCCCAAAGGCUCUUAAUGGAUCAGGAUCUGAAGGCCCACUUCUUGGACAUCGACGCCACCAUCAGCCCCCUCAGGAUCCCGAAGAUGAACCCCCACAUGCUCGUGAAUACCGAUGUCAUGAUCUUCUCCCGAAUGGACGCAGAGGCCAUGCCCCUCGACCUCGCGCUCCCGCCAGCGCAGCGUCAGCGCAGGGAGGAGCCUCUCGGCAAAGCGCUGAAGGAGGCCGACAAGGACAAUUUGAAGGCGAUCAAGGACAUGAUGAUUCUCGUAGCAAAGUUGGGACUGGCAGCAGAGUACCAAGCACGUGUGGCGAGAGCGGUUUCGGACCUGGAGGUGUGCGUGUGCCCGUUAUCGGUAGAGAUGGUGCAGGCAGGCCUGGAGGCGGGUCGUGGCUACGCGCAGCAAGCAGCGGGAGUGGCCAAGGAGGAUCGAGAGCAGCAGUUGGGUCUCCCGCACACGUCGAUAUUCUUGGCCAUCAUGAACAAAGCCGAGCAGAAGGCAGUACAGUUGAGCGGCCAGGCCAAGACAGACUUCGAGCGCUACACCACCAACUACACGCAGAUCAAGGAAUCCAAGGGCAUGCAGGCCCUUCAUCACGCCCUGCAGAAGGACAUCCCUUACUGCCGCGUGAAGAAAACAUAUGCACGAGACUAUGCGAAGAUAGAGAUCAAAGUAAACAGAGCGGCCGUGACAUGGCCGGCGUGGGAGCAUGCAAAAACAUUGUUGAGCAGCCAGGGCGGCAUCUUCAAGUACGGGAUGGCGCCAUCGUCAGACAUAGCGCGCAGAGUGCAGCAGGUGUUAGAGGAGCUUGGCGAGAGUCGGACGCACGAGGAGAGGUCUCGGUACGCUUGCGACCCGAGUGGCAGCGUGGCUUUCUUCAGGCUCUACGAGAGGUGCUGGGAUUACUGUAUCAGGCUCUUCGGCCUCUGUGGGGCUGCUCGGGUUAUGGCCCUAGAGGUCCGCGCUGUCUUGGCCAAUGACAGCGCUGCUGCAGAUGCCGAGGCGCACGCAGAAGAGUUAGCCACCCAGGUAGCCUCUGCUUGGCCCAGGAAGGAUUUCAAGGGGGCCUUCGCCAAGCUGAAGGAGAUCGGCAGUUUGGCGGUCUCCCAGGCAGAGGCGCGGAUUUCUCCGCCCUUGAGUUGCGAGCAUUUCAACAACUGGCUGCUGCCAGAGGCCACAGCGUGCUCAUCCUUUUCAUUGACGCAGUGCAGGCCCUUCGGUACCGAGUUCUCAAACAUGCUGGAGUUCAAGGUUGAAGUUACGGGGCCUGUGGGGCAUAUCAGUAUCGGCAUGCAGUUUUCUAUUGUAGGAUCGAGGCCAAUCGUGCCGCGGCUCGGCGCAUCCGAGCCGAACGGAGACAUGCUCGCGCGGCGCCGUGGGCCAACCAGGUACUUCCGGAACGCGCUGCAGCUCACGAGGCGGGCGGUGGCGCGCUGGGUGGGCGAGGACGCGGUGGACUUCGCGGUGCAGCUCGGGGAUGCCAUCGACGGUAGGAACAGGGAGGCUGGCCAGACCGACCAGGCCCUGGCGGAGGUCCUAGCCGCGUUCCCUGAGGAUUUGCCACGUUGUGACUUGCUCGGCAACCACGAGCUGUACAACUUCCCCCGAGCCCGGCUGAAACACACCGGUCUGCGGCUGCGCGGUGAGGGCUUACGGGGAGCCGAACCAGGCGGGGAAUCCGGCUGCUACUUCGCCUUCCCCGCGGACGGCCCGGCGGGGCGAUGGGAGGUGACCUGA